GAUCGGCCUUCAGUCAGUCUCGUGCCAGCCGCCGUGCGGAGCCCACGUCGCCUCUCCUCGCGCCCGUCACGAAAACGAACUCGUAUCCCGAAUGCGAACGAACAUGAGGUUAAAUUAUGUAAUUUUAAAAUAGUGCAUUAUUUCAUUUUCUUUUGUGAAGUGUGAAAUUUUAGUGUUUUGACAAUGGCGUUGUUGUUCUGUGUAUUAUUGUGCGCGUGCGCCGGUGCCCUAGGUUUUAACGUGGACAUACCGUCGAGGGUUGUUUAUAAGGGAAACCGCCAGUCCAUGUUUGGAUUCACGGUCCAGUCUCACGUCGAUGGCGAUAGGAAAAUGAUCCUAGUGGGUGCGCCUGAAGACGACUCCAUAUAUAUGCAAGGCGUUUCUCGACCAGGUGUCGUGUACCGUUGUGAGCCCGGCCACCGCGGCUACCCCGCCGAGGGAGACCGCCAGCGGCCACUCGAAAUGUGCACCGAGAUGCUCUUCGACAAAAAACGGACCAACAACAAGGACACGGGAGAUCACCAGAUCGACCAGAAAUCGAACCAGUGGUUUGGGGCCACGCUAGCCAGCACCGGAAGUAAUGGACCCAUCGUGGCUUGUGCCCCUCGCUACGUGUCGUUCGUGUCCCACAAGCUGAACCAGCGGGACCCCGUGGGCACCUGCUUCGUAACCAAAACCUCUGACGUCAGCAAAGUUGAAGAAAUCUCACCCUGUCGAACUACGAGCCACGGUCAAAGAAAAACGGGGGUGUGCCAAGCAGGUUUUUCCGCAGCUGUGUCUAAGGACGGUGAAAGAUUGUUUAUGGGAGCACCAGGCAGCUUCUACUGGCAAGGGCGAACGUUAACAAUAGACCUUACCAUCGAAAACUUCAACUAUUUUAUGCCGAACAUACCAGAAGAAGGUCAACUGUAUUCUCGGAACACAAGCCAAGUGAUCCUAAUUGCAACUCCUGAAGCUAGUCCGAAAUAUGACGAUUCUUACAUGGGUUACUCGGUAACGGUCGGAGAUUUUGUUGGUCAUGGCAUCCAAGGUGUUGCAGUUGGCGUACCAAGGGGAGCAGACUUGAAGGGUUUGGUCGUGCUCUACACUCGCGAUCUUCAGAACUUCAAGAAUAUUACAGGCUCACAAAUAGGUGCUUACUUCGGCUAUAGCCUUGCUUCCGGUGACAUUGACGGUGACGGCAAGGAUGAUAUUAUUAUUGGAUCUCCAAUGUUCACUAAGAAGAAGAGUGAUGGUUACGAACACGGAAGAGUGUACAUCGUCUAUCAGGGCAGUGAUAGAUCAUUUACCAGACAUCACCAAAGAACUGGAGAAAUAUCCCGAGGCAGAUUUGGAUUGGCUGUUACAUCACUAGGAGAUAUCAACUUGGAUGGAUUUGGAGAUGUCGCUAUUGGUGCUCCAUACGGCGGCGAGAAUGGUCGCGGCGUGGUGUACAUCUACCUGGGUGGCAGAGCUGGCAUCUCCGAGAAGGCUUCCCAGGCUAUUACAGCUGAAGAGAUCUCACCUACUCUCACCACCUUCGGUUUCUCCCUAUCUGGGGGGGUUGAUCUGGACAACAACAACUACACUGACUUAGCUGUUGGCGCCUACAAGUCUGACAGCAUUGUCUUUCUCAAAUCUCGUCCGGUAGUCAAAGUAAUGGCUGAAGUCAAAUUCACGGGUGAAAGCAAGACCAUAUCCUUGUCGGAUAAGAAAUGCACGCUCUCUAACGGUAGUCAGGUCGCCUGCGCCGACGUCAUGUUCUGUCUCACUUACAACGGCAUCAAUGUCGACCAGCAGAUAAAUUUCGAAGUAACACUAGACCUGGACUCACGCCAGAAGACCACAAAACGAUUAUUCGUCAUGGAAACGAGAGAAACCACAUUCAAGACUAAUAUUCUGCUGACACAAGGUCAUCAGGAAUGUAGGGACAUCAGAGUUUACUUAGACGAGGAAUUCCGAGACAAGCUAACACCGAUAGAUGUGAAGAUGACAUACGAGCUGAUAACGCAGCCGUCGGGAACGGUGGUGCCGCCGGUGCUGGACCAGACUGCGGAUACGGGCCCCUCCGACUCUCUCAACAUUCCCAAGAACUGCGGCGUCGACAACGUCUGCAUACCCGACCUAAAACUCGUUGUCACUACCCCGACCAUAAACUACGUGCUCGGCUCCGGAGACAACGUGCACAUCGACGUGCGCGUAGAAAACGCGGGCGAGGACGCAUUCGAAGCCACAUACUACCUGGGUCUGCCACCCGGCGUCACCUACGCCAAGAUGGAGCGGCUGGACAGCGACAGUUCAGACGCCACGCCUGUUUACUGCUCCGUGAGCGCCGCUAAUGCUGCUGGAAAUACUACGUUGGAAUGCGAUCUGGGCAACCCCAUGCCGAGCCGACAGAAGGCCCACUUCCGUGUAGUGCUGGAAGUAGACGCGGGAGUGACGGCGCUGAACUUCGAAAUGGAAGCCAACUCCACCAAUCCUGAACAGGAUACGCAGUACGACAACACCAUGCGCCUCGCUAUUGGGGUCGUCAUCAGAGCUCAACUCUCAGUUCUCGGUGCCUCAGAUCCACCAGAACUGCAUUACAACGCGUCUCUGUACGGGCUGGACGCGACCGGCGACGACGCGCGUCUGGGGCCGCAAGUAAUCCACAAGUACAACAUCAAGAACGAAGGCCCCUUCACCGUGGAGGAGGCGGAGAUCUUCGUCAUGUGGCCUUACCAAACCCUCACUGGAGAGAACCUGAUGUACAUGCUGGUGCAGCCGCAGUGGCUCGGCAACGUGCACUGCGACGUGGCACGCCACAUCAACCCCGAUAACCUCAGCAUACAGACGCAGUACGUCUUCCUGCUCAACAAGGAAAAGGAAGCUAUGAUGAGCAGUGGCCUGUAUUCAGAUAUGCAAAUCAACAGCGGUGGCGGCUACUAUGGACAGAAUUAUUUGGAAAUCAACUCACAGGCUGGCGGGCAAUACACAGGUGGUCAGUUCGGUACUAACCAGGGAGGCCGAGCAUUCGGUAGUACCAGUCAAUCUUCCAGUGGCCAUUACGGUACGAGCCAAUCAGGUGGAAGUUAUGGCACGAAUCAGAUAAACAGACAACAUUAUGGUGGUAGUCAAUCAUCUGGAGGCCGUUAUGGAACCAGUCAAACCUCGGGAGGCCAAUAUGGCACAAACCAAGGAGGUUACGUUGGUCAAGCAUCUGGCGGACAAUACGGAACCAAUCAAGCUUCAGGCGGCGGUACCGUCACAUACAAGAAGAAUUGGAGCGACUCAUACGGUGAAGGUUUUACUGUAGAAGAACAGGAGCAAAUUAGAAGGGCUCUGGCAUCUGCAGCUAAAAAUCCGAGCGGUGAAAUCGUUCUUGAUAGUGGCAAAGUUGUGAGGCUAAGAAAUAUUACGACUUAUUUAGAUGGAAACGGAAAUGUGAUAUCUCGGACGGAGACGAGCACCGAGUAUGGGACUUUAGGCCGUGAAGGCGAAGCCGGCAGUUCAUUCAAUGCUUAUGCCAACCGAGGUGGUGCCGCCACCAAUUCUGGCUACGCGCAAUCUUCGGGACAAGGAUAUGCUCAGAACUCCAACAACCGAUACGCACAAGGGGGAGCUUAUGGUCGUGGUUCCGGCCAAGCCUCGGGGCAAGGGUUCGUCCAUGGCUCCUGGGGCACAACAGAAACUGUCAACUCCGACAUAAUGAACGCCGGUUCUACUUCCUAUCACGGCGCUUCCGUUACGAAGCUCGGAGACGACGACGAUGACCUCGAAGGCUUCGCUGCGAAUGCUGCGUUAAAUCCUAACAACGAGUUCCGAAUCGGCAUGGGUGAAGUGUCCAGCGGUUCGGGACAGAGCGGCGCUGCAGCAUCUGGUGGGGCUCAAAUGGGGAGCCGGCAAGGAGAAAUGGCCUACCAAUCUGGAGGAUAUCAUGGCGGCGACGCUUCGCAAGCGAGCAGAGGUUAUCGCUCUAGUUCUGGUGGCGGAUAUUCAUAUGCUUCCCAAUCAGGAAGUCAGUCCUAUUCUUACGGAAAUGGUUACGGUUCAUCAACUCAUGGCCGAAGUAGGAGACGUCGUGAUGAUCAGGUGAAUCCUGAGUUGAAAGACAUUCUUCAGAAAUGCGAAGAGAAAUACAAGUGUGAAGUGCUGAGAUGUACAACCGGACGUUUGGUCAAGGGCCAGGAGAUCUGGUUGGCUUUGAAAUCCAGGAUAAACGCUUCCGUCCUAAAUGAGAUCGCGAAAGAACGCUCGGUGAUCCUGUCGACGCUGGCGGCGGCGCGGGUGUCGCGACUGGCGGUGGCGGGCGCGGGCGGGGGCAGCGCGUGGGUGCGGGACGAGGCGCGGACGGUGGUGGCGCCGCAGCUCGAGGCGCCCGGCGCCGGCGGCGUGCCGCUGUGGGUCAUCAUCCUGGCCGCCAUCGUGGGCGCGCUGCUGCUGCUGCUGCUGAUCUUUGCGCUAUAUAAGUGCGGUUUCUUCAAACGCAACCGACCCUCGGACCACGCGGAGAGGCAGCCACUGAACGGGCGCGACGAGCACCUCUGAUACCCGCCGCCCGCCGGACCCGUCGCCGGGCCCGCCACCACCAGCGCCGGCUCCGCCAGCACCAGCAGCACCAGCUCCGCCACCGACGCCGCCAGCGACCUCACCAGCCGCAGCUCGACCAGCCUCGAUCGCUACUGACCGACGCUGCUAGUCUACGAGUUUUGAUACUAUCCAAUCCAAAUGUGUCAGAAAAAUAUCCAGUGUUUUAAUCGUGUCUUAAAAAAUAUCUUACAAGUUCAGUGGAUUAUUGGUAGUGGCGAUUUGUAGGUCUUUGGACACAAAUUCUGUGACGUUUUCACUUUCCGCCUUCAAUUUCAUAGCUAUGACGCAAUUAUAUUUGGUCGUUAGCCCGAAUACGAUAACUUAUGGAAUUCGGACACACGACUAAGGCCAGUAUUAUAGAAAGAUUCUCAGUGAUUGAUGUAGUCUUGAGCAUAGUUAGAAAGGGAUGUCGCUAUAUAAAGCACAUAGCGAUAUCCCUUUCUAACUGUACUCAAGUAAAGUGUUAGUUGUCAUUCUGUAAUACGGGCCUAAGUGUAAAUGAACGGAGUCGAAUACGCCCGUAUUCAGGUAGUAUUAGUUUUGUUUACCCAAAACCGUCUUCCAGCCCGUAUUUCAGUGUAAAUAUUGCUUCGGGUGCUCGAAUUCGAGUAACGUCUUUCGUGCUCCCGAAUACGUGCUAAGGGCCUAGUGUAAAUGCGCCUUUACGUAGAAAAGAAAUACCUACAUACCUAAAUUAUGCCACAUUAACACUUUUUUAGCUUUGAAUGGAAGAGCGGAAGAGAUAAAGUUACACACUGAGCUUCCUGACUCCCGAGUAUGUUUUUAACUACAUAGGUGCUUAGGAAACGAUAUUGUUUUCCCGGCUCGUGUUGCGUUGGCGCCGUUUUAGAUGCGACAACCAUUUUGAGUCGCUGUAAUGUCGCCAUUUUGUUUAAGUAAAAAUGAUCGUCGAUAAAUUAACAUUUAGUAAGUAUAAAAACGUGCCUUCAGUUACUUAACGCAAUAAAAUUAUUUUUAAAAACAAUAUUUUGUUGAUGGUCAUUUUUACACAGUUGUAUAAUUGAAUAAGCUAUUUUUAUUUUUAACUAAUUUAUAAUAUAAUAAAAUGUUGUGACGGACGUUAAACGUGGUUAUAAUGAGAUGUAGGUAGCGUAAACGAAUCGUGAGUUUUGUGCCUUGAACAUUUUUAGUCAAAAAUGUACAUUUAAAGGUUUAAAUGAAAUGUUUACAUUUGAAUGUAAUUGUAAAUAAUUAUUGUAAUAUACUACUAGUCACGAUUAUACAUACCUAAUGAUAUUAAAGAAAAUAGUUACAACUUGUAGGCUUUGAUCAUGGAAUUACCGAAUAGAUGUCAUAAGUAUUAGGGUUCCUUAUCGACUAAUAGCAAGAUUUUAUUAAAAAUAUAUUCACCGCAUCUUUUGUAAGGUGAAUACUACUUAAUACUUUUAUUUUUCGGCUGUGAGCUGAAAUUAAAAUUCAUUAAGUAAGUUUAUUCGAAUUUUGACAUAA